CUUUCCUUCUUUCUUUCCAUCCUUCUUUCAGCUCACACUCUCCGACGCCGUGUCCUUCUUCUUUCUCCUUCCCACUCCCACCCUUCCGGCCUUCUCCCCCUCUCAUCAUGGAAACACACACCCAUACACACACACCCACUGCGACGACAACAUCCUCUCCCACUCCCUCCACCAUCUCCUCCUCUUCCUACCUCAACCUCGACUCUGGCAUCUUCAUCUACGCCAUCCUCGUCAUCGCCGUCCUCAUCGCCGUCGUUUACUUUGGCCGCGUCUGCCUCGCCAAACGCCGCUACCGUCGCCGUGCCCUCAAAGACUCGGACUACGAAGUCGGCCCACCCAUGUACUUGCAACACCUCGACGACCUACAAGUCAUCGACACACCACCGCCGCCUCGCGACCUCAUCCACCCUCCUUCAUCAUCAUCCGCCCCUUCUUCUGCUUCCGUAGGUCAUUCUUCCACCCCAGAGACCUUCGACCCCGCCGCACCGGGUCCAGCACUGGUCCGUGGAGAGAACUUUUGUUUCGUCACCUCACUUCCUCACUCACACUCCAGGACUGAAUCUGCAGCUUCUGGACCUGUCGCAACAGCCACCGUAGCAGCAGCAGCGCUCGUCACAGCAGCACCAAUAACACCAGCACCAGUAAGGGCAGCGUCAGCGGCGGUGGCAGGGACAGUGACAGGGGGAUUUGGAGAAGAGGAGCCGCAGCCCCCGGCGUACGAGGAUCUAUCUCCACGCGAGCCUCUGAUCUUCAGGAGGGGAUGAUCUUGGGGGGGAGGGUUUUACCAUGGGCCCUCUGCAAGCUGGUGCUUCAGAAUUAGAAAUGCAUCCCCCAUUAGGAUGCUUGGCUUUUGAACAGCAGGUAUACGCGCGCGCACUUGUUUUUGUGUCAUACAUCAUAACGAAAAAAAAAAAAAAAAGAAAGGGUUGUUCGUCUUUUGGGCUUGAGAACAUGUAGACUACUUCUAUCGAUCUUUCUAUUCAUCCAUUCAUGAUGAAAAAUAAAAACAAAGAGAAAAAAGAAGUACCAGAUCCUUUUCAUGCAC